AUGGGCCAGAUGUGGAGUCAAUUAUUUCCCCCAACGCCGCUGUUCACAGAGAAGAACGCCCCAGACCAGACAGGCAAAGUCUUCAUUGUCACAGGCGCGUCCAGCGGCGUUGGUCAAGAACUGGCCCAGAUCCUCUACUCACAUAAUGCAAAAGUCUACAUCGCUGCCCGAUCCGCCGAGAAAGCCACGCGGGUAAUUGAGUCCAUCAAGACAAACUUCCCCAACUCCAAAGGACAAUUGGUCUACCUCCACCUCGAUCUCGACGAUCUGACUACCAUCAAAGCCUCCGCCGAAGAAUUCUUGAGCAAGGAAGAAAAACUAGACGUGCUGUGGAACAACGCCGGAGUGAUGAUACCACCCCAGGGCAGCAAGACAAAACAGGGAUAUGAACUGCAAUUGGGAACCAACAAUCUCGCCCCGUUUCUCUUCACAAAACUUUUGACCCCGAUCUUGAUCAAGACUGCAAAGUCAGCCCCAACCGGAACUGUGCGAGUCGUGUGGGUGUCUUCUUCUGCUGCUGAAACCUUUGCCCCCAGCGGUGGAGUGGAGUUGGACAACCUAGACUACAAGAGAGACCAGCGCCCAUGGACCAAAUACGGAAUCAGCAAGGUUGGGAAUAUCUUUCACGCCACGGAAUAUGCCAAACGUCAUGGCAAUGAUGGAAUAAUCAGUGUGGCCUUAAAUCCAGGGAACUUGAAAACAGAGCUCACACGCCACACACCUUCCUUUCAACACUUUAUAAUCGGUUUCGUUCUAUAUACUCCUAUCCACGGCGCUUAUACUGAGCUGUUCGCCGGCCUUUCACCAGAAGUCACACCUGCAAAGAACGGUGCAUGGAUCCAACCUUGGGGCCGUUUCGAAGAGCUGAAGCAGGAUGUCGUGGCUUCAAUCAAGAGUGAAGCGGAAGGGGGCACUGGAGUAGCGGCUCGGUUCUGGGAAUGGACCGAGGAGCAAGUAAAAGCCUACCUUUAA